AGUAUGCAUGUGUUCCUGGUGUUAAACUCAGCACUGUGAGAAAGUCACAAAUCACAGCAAGUUUGUUUAAAGCUUUUUAAAAGGGAAAAGACACAAUGUCAGAACUUAUUCAUGAGCCAGCUCUAAGUUGAAUACUUAAAAUUCUCUCCGUGUGAAUUGCACAGCUGAGGCAGGAAAAAGAGCGUAGUAUGGAUUUAGUGGGAGUGAAUGUUAUUGAAACUGCAGCUCUGGGGAGACCCUUCCAGCUGGGAAUGCUGUAUGACUGCAGAAAAGAUGCACUCGUACCAGGAAUCACACUAUGGGAUAAAGAGCAGCUGCAGCAGAGUAUACGGCAUCAUCCUCAAAUUAAUACAGAUUUCAGUGUUACAGCUUCAGAUUCCAUUGAGGAAAAAUCUCACCUACUGAACAUAGAUGGUUAUCUAAAGCUGAGCCUUUUAAGUGGACUCAUCAAUGUUAGAGGAGCGGCCAAGUAUCUCAGUGACACCAAGAAGUCAUUCAGACAACAGAGACUGACCCUACAUUAUCAUUCAACCACCAAGUUUGAAGAACUGACCAUGAACCACUUGGCUUCUGGAAAUAUAGCUCACUAUGAAGCGUUUGAUAAUGAUACAGCCACACAUGUGGUGACAGCUGUGCUGUAUGGAGCAAAUGCUUGCUUUGUUUUUGAUAGAGAAGUUGCAUCAGAUGAAGACAAAAGCACAGUAGAAGGAGAAGUAAAGGCUGCCUUUGAUAAACUAAAGGGAAUUUCAGUAGGCGCACAGAUUGAUCUGAGCCUGAAUGACAAGCAGAAGACUGCAGUUCAAAAAUUCAGUUGCACAUUUUAUGGAGACUUCCAGUUGCAGUCUAACCCAGCCUCUUUUGAAGAUGCUCUAAAUGUUUUUGCUGAUCUUCCAAAACUUAUGGGAGAGAACAAGGAACUUGCAGUUCCACUGAGAGUGUGGCUUUAUCCCCUGGACAAACUACAUUCACAUGCUGCAAAACUUCAAAAAGAGAUCAGCAUAGGUCUAAUAAAAAAUCUUGAAUCAGUAUUUGAAACACUGAGUACAACUGAAAUGAAAUGCAGUGAUCUUCUGAAGGACACGCCAUCUUUGGCUUUUGCCAAAUUUUGUGACAAAAUAAUCCAUAUGAAGCAAAACUGCUUUAUCUAUAAAUUAAGUUUCAUGAAGAAACUUGGCUCUCUGUUGCCAAAAAUCCGUGGUGAUAUAGAAAAGGAAACAGCAUUAAAUGAGCUUCUGCAUGAUCAUGAAGAAUGUCCAUUCAGAGGAAGUGAUCUUCAGCAAUGGAUAAAAGAAAAAGAGCAGGAAUCUGUCAUAAUUAAAACACUUCUUAGACAACUGACUGAUUCUGGAGCCACAGUGGAAGAGAAUCUAGAUAAAAUUUUAAUGGAUCUGGAAGUUGAAAAUGUGGUUAGCUACACUUUUACAUCAUUUGAAUGGCCAGAUGUGCUCCUUUCUAAACAAAAGGCUUUCCUGAAUCCUUCAACAAUGGACAACAAUGGUGAGGAUUCACCUAAUUCCAAGCAAAAAACUGGCUUCACCUCUGAAAUCAAAGCAACUAUGAAGAGUAACUUGAAAAUCUAUAAAAACCUGAUCAAAUCAAAAACAUGUAAGCCAGCAAAAUUUAUUGUUGCAUCAAAAGAAAUCAAAAACAAUCCAGGUUCCUGUAUUCUCCUCUAUGAGAAUGAAUCUGAUGAAGCCACCUGUUUCACUCCUCCAUCAAAACCAGCUUGUCCAGUCAUUGAACAGAUCAGUGGUCACAGUGUGGUUGUGAAGGUGUCUCCAGCAUGUCCUGCAACAGAAGAGCUCAGGUUAUUGUACAAAAUGAAGGAAGAGAAAGACUGGAAAUCUCAGUCUGUGCAGAGUCAGGAUACAGUCACUCUGACAGAUCUCAGUCCAGACACUGAGUAUGAGAUGAAAUACGCAGCUGUGGGGAAGCUGAACUACAACGUAGACAGUGAUGUCAUUCAUCUCAGAGUCAUAGACAAGAAACUCAUCGAUGCCACAGAGUCUGUCUUAGAAAUACUAAACUUGAUUGAAAACAAGUGCAGUGAACUUAUGCAGGACAACAGUGCAGUCACAUUCAGUGCAAUUCACAGGAAGAUUCAAGACAUGAUGAGAUACUGCCAAACCUAUAAACAAGAUUUAAGUAACAGAAUUAAAUCAGUGAUUCAGUCCAUUCAAACCUGUGAAGAAGAUAUUAGUGCUCUGACAGACCUUCUGCAAGCUCAUAAAGAGUCUCCAUUUAACAAAAGCUAUCUUAUGGAGUGGAUCACAGUGAAAGAAAACGAAUCAAAUGCAGUUAACAAGUUUCUUCAACAACUGUGUGACUCUAGAGCUGAAGUGAACAAUACCUUUGAUACAUUUUUGUUAGAUAUUAGCAUAAAGAAUCUGGUGUGCUACACAUUUAGUUCUCUUGAUCUGCCAGAUGACUUGCUUUCUGAUCAAGAAAAAUUUUUGAAGCUUCAAAUGAUGAAGAGAAAUUCAGAGAAGAAACAUAAUGCAAUGCCUCAUACAUGGCUCACUGGAAGCAUUAGGGAGACAAUGAAAAAGCAUUUGAAAGUAUUUAAAGAGCUGAUGCUUUUACAUGGUGAUCAGUCCACAACAUUUUUGGUCACCUCAAAAGAGCACACAAUUCAUCCUGGUUCCUGCAUUCUCCUCUAUGAGAAUGAAUCUGAUAAACCCAUCUGUUUCACUCCUCCAUCAAAACCAGCUUGUCCAGUCAUUGAACAGAUCAGUGGUCACAGUGUGGUUGUGAAGGUGUCUCCAGCAUGUCCUGCAACAGAAGAGCUCAGGUUAUUGUACAAAAUGAAGGAAGAGAAAGACUGGAAAUCUCAGUCUGUGCAGAGUCAGGAUACAGUCACUCUGACAGAUCUCAGUCCAGACACUGAGUAUGAGAUGAAAUACGCAGCUGUGGGGAAGCUGAACUACAACGUAGACAGUGAUGUCAUUCAUCUCAGAGUCAUAGACAAGAAACUCAUCGAUGCCACAGAGUCUGUCUUAGAAAUACUAAACUUGAUUGAAAACAAGUGCAGUGAACUUAUGCAGGACAACAGUGCAGUCACAUUCAGUGCAAUUCACAGGAAGAUUCGAGACAUGAUGAGAUACUGCCAAACCUACAAACAAGAUUUAAGUAACAGAAUUAAAUCAGUGAUUCAAUCAAUUCAAACCUGUGAAAAAGAUAUUAGUGCUCUGAUAGACCUUCUGCAAGCUCAUAAUGAGUCUCCAUUUAACAAAAGCUAUCUGACAGACUGGAUCACAGUGAAAGAAAAAGAAUCAAAUUCAGUUAAUAAGUUUCUUCAACAACUGUGUGACUCUGGAGCUGAAGUGAAUAAUAACUUGGACACAUUUUUGUCAGAUAUUGAAGUAAAAAAUCUGGUGUGCUACACAUUUAGUUCUCUUGAUCUGCCAGAUGACUUGCUUUCUGAUCAAGAAAAUUUCCUGAAACCUUCAGUAAUGAUGAGAAACUCUGAGAAGAAACCUAAAGCAGUGCCUCAAACAUGGCUUACGGGAAGUGUCAGGGAGAAAAUGAGAGAACUUUUAGAAAUAUUUAAAGAGCUGAUGCUUUUACAUGGUGAUCAGUCCACAACAUUUUUGGUCACUUCAAAAGAGCACACAAUUCAUCCUGGUUCCUGCAUUCUUCUCUAUAAGAAUGGAUCUGAUGAAGCCAUUUGCUUUACUCCUCCAUUAAAACCAGCUUGUCCAGUCAUUGAAAAGAUCAGUGGUCACAGUGUGGUUGUGAAGGUGUCUCCAGCAUGUCCUGCAACAGAAGAGCUCAGGUUACUGUACAAAAUGAAGGAAGAGAAAGACUGGAAAUCUCAGUCUGUUCAGAAUCAUGACACAGUCACUCUGACAGAUCUCAGUCCAGACACUGAAUAUGAGAUGAAAUAUGCAGCUGUGGGGAAGCUGAACUACACCGUAGACAGUGAUGUCACCAGAGCUACUACACGCUCAACCAACAUCAGAGCGGAAAGUACAAGGAACACAAUAUUUAACAAGGAGGUAACAGUCUUCUCCAUUUUGACUGGAAAAACAGCUAUGUCACACAAACACAUUAUUAGUACUCUACAAACCCAAAUUGAGGAUCUGAGGGAAGUUCGCACAGUGGACAAGAGUGACAUUAUUAUGGGUUUCUGCCCUAUUGUUUCUCGAGUUGGAACUGACAUUGAUGCAGCACUGAAAACUUUCAGUCAAUAUACAGGAGAAACUAAACUGGCUGUUCUAGUGGUGCUUCAUCACACAUUUGACCCAGAGAAAACGGUCCCAGACAGCAGCAAAUAUGUCAACAGGACAGACAUACUCACAGUGGACUAUCUGUUUUAUGAGGAUGUAGGAUUACUGAAGUGUCAGAAGAAUUCAGAUUCCACUAACAAAGUUGUGAACUGGCUAAUACAGCAGGGGAGGAAAAAAGGUGUCAAAAUAUGUCCACGUCAAAACAAAUUACUCAACAAAUCAGCUUGGAAUCCACCUUGGUCAUGGUGAAGACCAUGAUAUGAUGAGGGUCGAUAACUGGCUUAGAAUAAAGGAGGGCAACCCACACUCUCCAUCUACAAUAGAGCUUGUUUUUCCCCAUUCUUUCAUAAAUAAAAAGACUUGCUGGUUAAGGGAGAAACAAAGCAAUGCUUCAUGUUCUGGAUUACACAAAUUCAUUUGUUCUUUGUACUCUCUUUUAUUCAAAGAUUUUUGACAAAUGAUUAAUAUUAAGUGUGCAAAAAAAAGUAAUAGUCUGAUUAGCAUAUAAUUGUAUAUAAUGUAUGUAAUUAUUGUAAUAAUUGAAACCAUUUAUGUGAUAAAUUAAAGUAGCUGUCAUGUUUACUGAUGAAUUAUAUAUUUCUGCACCAUUGCCUGAAGACAAAGGGAUAUAAAACAUUAUUAAAUCA